AGAAAAAUGUUGAAACAGUCGCGAGUAUUCCUGGCGGCGGUGAGAUCGGGAGCUCAGUAACACAGUCUUCACACGUCGGAGACCCCUGUCCAGCAUUCACAGAAGUUCAGUGCAACGAUUUUGAAGAUGAAGCUCUUUCUCCUCGCUCUGCUCCUCUGCUCUCUGAAGGGCGUGGAUUCUAUGGUAAAAAAUUACACACCUGAAGUCACUAACGCCAAUUUAGCCGGAAGAAUCACUGCAACGACCAUUACUUUUCAACAACCCCUCUGCCAGUUUGACAGUGAAAUCAACGCGACUCCAGGCUUGAUUUUUUGGCUUGUGGUGGCUAACAGCCAACGAGGACAGAAUACCUUUGAUGCAAUUACAUUUGUGCAACCUUCACUGAUGACUCACCAAACUGCUUCCACGGCGGAUUAUUAUCUCACUCUUCGCACAUUAGCAGAAAGAUACUUAUGCCCACCGACUUCCAGCUCUAACGGUGAAAUGUACUUUGUGCGUGUUGGGCAGGAAACCACCUGUAGAACUGAAACCUGCAAUGUACCUUUAAAUAAUUCCAAAAGCUACAGUGUGAAGUUUAUUUUGAUUAAUCCUUCCCUCCAGAACUCUCCAAAUGUUAUUGCUCAAACAAACUGGUCAAGUUUCAUCUCGCUGAAAACUGUGGUGGAACCCCGCAACAUUGAUCCCUCGCCUCGUGGUCGCUCUGCUGGCAUGAUAGUCAUCACAGCAAUCCUCAGUGUCCUGCUCUUCCUGCUGCUGGCUUUCUUCGUGGCCAUGCUCCUAAUGGUUUGCUGUAGAUCAACUGGCAAGUCAGAUAUCUCCGAACCUAUUCCCAGGUGGGGAUCUCUAAAACGAUACAACACUCACAACUUAAAGGAUACCAACAUUGGGCCCUAUGCUAUGAAAAUCUAAGGCAAACAGCUAGCCACACGACAGGAGUCCAGCAUCCCUUGCCUCUCCCUGAGAGCCUCACCUCCCCGCACUACUUCAAUCUGAACUCUUAUAACAGAUGACAAUCCCUAUGCAUUUUUGAGAUGUCUGGAGCAAUGAUGUGUUGUCCUAACUGAUGAUACGGAUGACUAGACAAUAACAUGCACAAAACCCUUUUCCUUUUAAGAUGACUCGGAUGAGGGGGGUCAUUUCACAAUAGGCACAAAUGUAAUUGCUGUCCAUUUUUGCUGGGUGACGGACUAUUCCCUUGCCCAACAUCACCUACCAUUUUAUUACUCAAAUUGUUUGUGACAAUUGUGCCUGGAAGUUUGUUACAGGGUGAUAUUGUUCAGGGUGGAAGGUCAAAUGCGGAAUGAAUUUCAAAAUACUCAUAUUUCAUCGAACACAGGAUGUGUAGUAGGUUGAGGUGCGAUUUGUAAUUUGCAGUUAUAUCAUAUCAUAGCAGACUAGGAUAUUAAGCUAUUGCAGUGUGUGUGUACUUAUGUGUAUAUUACAUCAUAUUAAACAAGAAGAUGUUUAUCCAUCAUCUGAAUUUUGUUCAGAUUAUAAUCAUAAUAAAGAGUGUCAAAGCUUGCUCGAGAUAUAAAUUGCCCGUCUUCUGUAACAUUUUCAACGUAAACCAAUAAAACUAUUG